GAGGGUGUGGCGGCGACUCCGGCGGGGUGGAGUUUGCUGUCUCCUCCUCCUGCCCUCACUCCCCCUUGUUAUGGCGGCCCGAGCCCUGACCUUGGUCCGCAGGGUGUGCUGGCGGUCGCUCCGGGAAACAAGGCCAGCGCAAGCUGUUUGCAUUCCAGCAGUUCAGCUGCACAUGACCGCAGCCACCAUGCAAGUCAGCCAGGAAGACUUUGAAAAGGCUCAAGAACAACUGAAGCUUUUGAAAAAGGAUCCUGGGAAUGAAACUAAGUUGAAGCUCUAUGCUUUGUUUAAACAGGCUACUGAAGGUCCCUGCAAUUCUCCAAAACCAGGUAUGCUGGACUUUGUCAAGAAAGCCAAGUGGGAUGCAUGGAAUUCUCUUGGCAAUUUGUCUCAGGAUAAUGCCAAACAGCAAUAUACUGAACUUGUCUCAAGUCUGCUCUCUGCAGAAUCUUCUGACCAGAAGAAAGAUGCUUCCCCAGAAGAGAGCACACAUGAUGGCUAUGAAACGAUACAAGUUACCACCAAAAACAAUAUCACAAAGAUAAUGUUUAACCGACCUGAUAAGAAAAAUGCCAUUAACCAUAAGAUGUACAGAGAAAUUAUCAAAGCGCUUGAAGAAGCUGGAAAAGAUGAUUCUACUAUAGCAGUUAUUACUGGAAAUGGAGACUACUAUAGUAGUGGAAAUGAUCUGAAUAAUUUUACUAAUGUCCAACCCAGUGAAAUGGAGAAGAUGGCAAAAGAUGGAGCAAUAUUACUCAAAGAGUUCGUGGGUCAUUUCAUUGAUUUUCCUAAACCACUGGUUGCAGUGGUAAACGGCCCAGCUAUUGGAAUCUGUGUAACGGUCCUUGGAUUGUGUGACAUUGUCUAUGCUUCUGACAGAGCUACAUUUCACAGCCCAUUUAGUCAACUUGGACAGAGCCCUGAAGGAUGUUCCUCUUACCUGUUUCCAAAAAUCAUGGGCUUAGCCAAGGCAAAUGAGGUUUUGCUCUUCAACAAAAAGCUGACUGCAGCAGAAGCCUGUGCCCAGGGACUUGUGACUGAAGUCUUCCCUGACAGGACUUUUCAGAAGGAAGUUUGGGCAAGAUUAGAAGCUUAUGCAAGCCUCCCCAAAAAUUCCUUGGCAGUGUCAAAGCAACUGUUACGAAGUAUGGAAAAGGAGAAGCUCCAUGCAGUCAACAGUAAAGAGUGUGAAGUCCUGAAGGAAAGGUGGUUAUCUGAUGAAUGUAUAAAUGCUAUUGUCAGCUUCUUUCAGAAGAAAUCAAAACUCUAAUCUUCACCAGCAGAAUAAUUCCCCUUCUGGCAAUAGCUUAAUCUGCCCUUAUCGUUAAUAAACUUUCUCUUCAAAUAAUCAUUCUUACACUUUUUGAUGUGGUAUAUUUCUCUUCUGAGUAUUGGGUUAAAACUGGUUCAUAAAGUUAAUACAAUGUUGUGUGCCUUGGAUCCAUUAUGGAUAUUAGGUUGGGGAAAAAAGGUUCAUUAUUCUGUAGGCAGCAGAGAUGUUUCUGGAUAGUACUAAAGCAGAUUGUCUUCCAAAAGAAGCAACAGAUUCAAUAGCACCGUAUUUUGAUAGCUCUUCAAUACAUGUCUUACAAGUGAUUCUUUCUAUUCAUCUGUGGGGAAAGAAAUACUGUAUUAAUGAAAAAAUAAAUAGACUUAUUUAA